ACCAAGGGAGGUAUAAAAAGCUGAUGGAGGUAUGUUCUGGCCAUAUUUUUGUUGAUUAUGGGUAUUUGCACUAAUUAACCCCUAAUUAGUAAAUUUUGGCGGGAAAUGUCACAAAAAUCGACGGGAAUUACCAUUUGUAUAAAAUCAUCAGUACAUUCCAUGGUGUUUGUAACAAAAAUAACGUUGUUAUUAAUCAUUUUCAAAAAUGCUCGGUUAAUUCGGCGCUCAGGGGUAAUAUGAUUUUGUUAAUUCGGCGCUUUAAGGGUUAAUGGGGCACGUCAUCAUCGCGUACAUUUUGGAAAAACUCCCUAACGAGACCGGAGCAGACGGCUGAAAGUAGUUUACUUAUUGGCCGCUAGGGUACAGAAUGUACGUCGCUCACCCGAAUUUUUCACGCAACUAUAGCUAAAUAGAGCUAGUUCUAGUUUGUGAUUCAAUUUGAUACUUCAGAUUUGGGCAGUAGACCAAUAUAACUUAGUCGUCAGUGUGGUUUUAAGCUGGAAAAACGUAUUUGUUUUUCUUAAAGUGCCUUUUUUGGACGGGUGUGUGCGAUUGUUUUGUUUUUAUGUCACGUGACCUCGAUCAUGUCGACACAAAAUUGAAAUAAACCACCCUUUUCUGUCAUUAUUUAGGACGGAUAUUUCUCUGAUAAAAAUAUUAAUAAUUGGCCAAUUUCUUAGGCAUAUGAUGUAGCGAAUUCCCAUGAAGAUUUAAAUUAAUUUCAACCAAUGGGAUAGCAACCACCACCGGAAGAUCGCGGAGAAAUCGGUAAACUCAACGGAGUUAAUUCAGAAAAAUACCAAAAAAAAUUGUUUGUAGGAUAUACAAUCUCUCUUUAUUUCUCAUCAUUCAUUUACAUUAUCUACUCCCGCACACACGUGUAUCUUAAGAGCCCCUCCUAAAGGGGGGCUUAUAAACGUAAACAGAAUGAUGAAAAGGGAAAAUUAUAUGGUAAUUUCUCAUCUUGGUGGUGUAUGCUACAAUGUGGAACCAACUACACGGCUCGUCGAUGGUGUAGCAGGAGAUUUGCUUGACCAACUUUGAAAAUCGCGAGCCCGGGUCUCCUGGUCGUAUUCCUUAUUAUAUACCAAGCCACUUUGGUUACUCAACCCGCCGUUGGCGCGGUGGUCGGCAGGCUAUUCAUAGUAACAAGACCGAGGGAUUUCUCCACGUAAAAAUUACCUAGCUAACGGCCGUGAUUCCAAUACGGAGAACGUGAGUAACAUUUUAUUCAUUGAUUUAUUUGGAGGCCGAUGAGAUCUUUGUGAACUUUGUUCGUGUACAUAUGUUGUCGUAUUCGGAAUCGUGUAUAUUCGUAUUAUUCUAAACCACGUGAAUGGAUUCUGGAAGGAUCUAUUCAAUCAUAUCGUAAAUGUGGAGCUCGCCAAGCCAGGAUCGACAGCAAGUGGACUCAUAGAGAAUUGAAGAAACCAGGCUGUGUACCGUAGAGUCGUUUAAAUCAGCCGGUAUUCCUUGAACCUCACAAGUGUUUUGGCGUUCUCGAAACAUACUGCCGCCUUCAAGGGACCCUCCAAUCUUCGUGAUGACCCGGGUGCAGCAGCGAGGCUUCUCUACUCGAGUCCAUUGCUAUGUGACAAAGACGAUUUUUCGCCUGGGCCAGAAUAAGGAAUAAAGAUGCGGUGGAUACUAAAUUGCAGCCCAAAACAAUUUACGACUGUUAAUGAAGCCAUUGCCAACUUAAACCAACUGCAACCUGAACAAUCAAAGACUAAGAGUGAUGAUGACUCCAAGUGCUAUGAUAGUGACCCUCAGAUUGAUUUCGAGGUGCCUGCCAUGCCUGCCCCCGUAGCGCCCAGUCCCAAAUUAACAAGCAUUCGACUAACUAGGUCUGAAAUUUAUGUUGUCAGCAUUCCUCCAGCAGAAAUGGUUUCGAGGGGACAUCAAGUCCGGAUGCCAUAUCGGUCAAAGGAAACGCAGACCACUAAUUUUCAACCUGACCUCACCCACACUUCAGUGUCGAUCAUGGAGGUACCAAGUACGCCUGAAGCUGCAUCUACCCCUCAGCCAAUAUACAAGAGGAAGCGUUCUGAUUCAGUGAUGCCAACAAUAAGCGAGCAUCCUCAUCCCUGACCGAGGGCAUGUGUGCAGUUUCAGUGUCCAAGCUUUUGGAGCUGUUCCACAUCUGCUACAACUGCGGCUCAAUGGUGACCAUCACACAGUCAUGCUUGUCAUGUGAUGGUAUCUGGAAAUGGCAGAGCCAGGAAAUGAUUGGAACGGUAUAUGCUGGUAACAUCGGCCUAUCGAUGGCAAUUCUUGCAGCGGGUGCUAUUCCAAGCAAAGUGAUAAGAGUCCUGCAAUUCUGGGGCAUUCGAAGCAUUUCCUCCGGAACAUAUUUUCGACACCAGUCAAAGUACCUGAACCAGGCAGUACGUAAUGUUUGGGAGGAGGAGACCAUCCAGGCACUGGCAGCUGUAGAGGACGUGGCCAAACUCUCCGGUGAUGGAAGGUGCGAUUCGCCCGGCCAUUGUGCGAAGUAUGGCUCUUACAAAUUACAUGACACAGGGAGAAACGCCAUUGUCUUUCCAUCCACUGAGGUUAAGAACUCCUACCACAUGGAGCUGGAGGGCCUGUCCCGAUGUGUCGAUGAAGUGAAAGCAUACGUCCCACAUGUUAAGAUAGAAUUAACAACUGAUGGCCACAAAUCAGUGGAGAAGUGGUUGAGAGAGGAACAAUCGGACACCAUAAAGCAUUAUUUUGAUGUGUGGCAUGUUGCUAAAGGACUGAGGAAAAGACUCAAGCCCAUAACCAUGAACAGGCGGUUUCAGCUGGUCAACAAAUGGCUGAAAAGUAUUAUCAAUCACUUGUACUGGUGUGCCAUGACCAGAAAUAACGACCAAUCAUUGAUCUUGGCCAAGUGGAGAUCAAUAGUGAACCAUAUAGCCGGCGUCCACACGCACGAAGAAAACGAACUGUUCCCCAAGUGUAUCCACAGUCGUAUUCCAAGGCAGUGGUUUAAGAAAGGAACAGAAGAAUACGACAAGGUGUGUGCUCUGCUACUCAACAAGAACCUUCUACAUUCAAUCUCAAAGCUCAGCUCGGAUGGCCAGACAUCUGGUUUGGAGGGAUACCAUAGCAGCCUUCUACACUUCGCCCAAAAGAUGUACCAUUUCGGAGACCUGUAUUCAUCCACGACCGGAAGUGUGGCAGUCACAUAGAGCUUAUCAAAAUGUCAAGUUGUGACAAUUCAUUGCUGCUGCUGAAAUUCGGGCACCAAGUCUCUUGAGCUUCAGUGGAAUGGACUUUCCCUGUGUAUUGUUCAUGGUGUGGAUUGCUGCAUGAACACGACUGCGAUAGUUUUUAAGGCCUUCCCAAGAAAGGUGCUGAAAGCAUCCUCCAUGCCGGCACUACAUCUACCGUCGCCGUCGGUUUUACAGCAAUGAACAACAUCCUGUCCCCUCCGGCGAAGUAUCUUCAGUGGGCUGACCGUGUUCUCGACCGUCGGUGCAUAGAUUAUCCCAUCCGAUCGCUCCCGCACAACAUUGUUGUAAUCCUCAUGACUGAAACGAGACCAGCUACCAUCGAUUUUCUCUGGAGGCAUUGUCCUGCUGUAGGGCGAGUGACUGUUGUGAACAUCUAGGGGAAUCGGGAAAUGGCAGAAAUUCUGACUUGGGGUCAAAACUGGCUCUCUACUAGGGCAGAGACAUGUAUUCAUCCACAGGCGGAAGUGUGGCACUGGCACAUAGUCCGUACUGAACUGUGAAGCUGUGGUAAAUACAUGACUGUGAUGGGUGAAAGUGGAUUUAUUCUUCAAUCUUUAGUGGAUUCUUAAUCUACAGAGCCAGGCCAUAACAGGGAUAUAAUUUUUGAUAAUUAAUUUAAGGAAAUAUUGUGUCAGUGGCCAGUUUAGAACUUGUAUUCUAAUAGGCCCAGUCCGCAAGUGACGAUUUGAUGGCAAUCCUGUACACAAAUCAAUUUUUCUCAGGCAAUCUGUAUUGGAAUGUUUUGAAUUUUUACUAUUAUUUUGAUAAAAGCCUCUUCAUAACACAUAUAAAAUUUGGUGGGAAUUAAAGCACCCUUGGUGUACUUUUUUCACCAACCUAUGUUCAUUAAAAUGUACACAGAAUGUACACGCUGGCUAAUAGAGGUAUCUGGACUGCAAUUUUUUUUUUGCGUCUCAGUUGUUGAAUUGAUUCAUAAAUACAGUAGUUGUCAGGUUCAUAAUAAUGUUCAGUUAUGGAUAAUUUGAUUCUUUUCUGGUAUUUUGAUUGUGUACAACUCAAAAUUUAGCAAGGGGGGAUUUGCUGUGUAUUCACUCUUUGUAAUUCGCGCCUUACGUUGGUGGCGACGUCUGUGUUAAGUUGAAUAAACCUCGUUGUAGUUUCGGUAUUGAGAAUGGAA